AUGGUCAUUAUCUCCGCCUUCGAACUGAACAUCGUCGUCAUGACCGCAAGCGUGCCAUCUAUCAAUGCCAUCUGGCCCAAGCACGUCAGCGGAUUGCUGACGGAGCAAACAGCCUUCGCUCACCUUUCCUCACUCGGGAAGACAGGCCACAUCGGCGAUCGCACGAAGCCGUUGAUCAUCUAUCAGGGGAGCGAGCCGGAGUUGGAUCAGAUGGGUAUUAUGGAUUCCUCGUCGUCGAAUAAUUCAAUUGCGAGAACGGAAAGGGGUUGUUGCGAUGAGUAUCCAGGCAGAUGGCUAAAUCCCGCUCAAAUUGUGAGCCCUUCUGAAUUUUGUCCUAAGCAAUGA